CCCCCGCGCGCCCAGCUGAGGCCCCACACAACAACAUUACACCACCACUCGAGCCAUCACUGGGGAGUGUUUGGGCAGGAGGCAGUGUUUGUAGCCUCGGUUGUGAGGCUCUCACCUGAGGAGCGGCCUUGACACAAGACAAGAUGGGGGUGCCCAAGUUCUACAGGUGGACGAGCGAGCGGUACCCGUGCCUGAGCGAGGUGGUGAAGGAGUACCAGAUACCUGAAUUUGACAACCUGUAUUUGGAUAUGAAUGGAAUAAUACAUGUUUGCUCGCAUCCCAAUGACAAUGAUCCUCAUUUUCGUAUAACAGAAGAAAAAAUAUUUAAGGAUAUUUUUCAUUAUAUUGAGGUUCUCUUCCGAUUAAUCCAGCCAAGAGAAGUAUUUUUCAUGGCGGUUGAUGGAGUGGCACCCAGAGCAAAGAUGAACCAGCAGCGUGGUCGCAGAUUCCGCUCUGCCAAUGAGGCAAUAGAAGCAGAAAAGAAGGCCAAAGAACGUGGGGAGGUGCUUCCGACAGAAGAGCGUUUUGACUCUAAUUGUAUUACACCAGGCACCGAGUUUAUGGCACGGUUGGAUGCUCAACUGCAGUAUUUUGUUAGUAGCAAGAUAUCACAAGACCGAUUGUGGCAAAAUUGCAAAGUCAUCUACUCAGGGCAUCAGACACCAGGUGAAGGUGAACACAAGAUAAUGGAAUUCAUCAGAUUUACCAAAAGUCAACCUGAGUACAAUCCCAACACUAGGCAUUGCCUCUAUGGCCUUGAUGCUGAUCUCAUAAUGCUGGGACUUACUUCACAUGAGCCACACUUCUCACUACUCAGAGAAGAGGUUCGCUUCGGAGGCCGGAAGGACAGCAACCGUCGUACACCUACAGCAGAAGAGACUACAUUUCAUCUACUUCAUCUUAGUCUGAUGCGGGAAUAUAUUAAUUAUGAGUUUGGAGAUUUGCAUAAUGCUCUCUCCUUUGGUUAUAACUUGGAAAAUAUUAUUGAUGAUUGGGUGUUAAUGGGUUUCCUUGUUGGCAAUGACUUCAUCCCUCAUCUACCACACCUUCAUAUAAACAAGGAUGGAUUGCCCAUUCUCUACAAGACAUACAAAGAUGUCUUGCCUACCCUGGAUGGUUAUUUAAAUAAUGGAGGCAAAUUACAUCUUGGUAGGUUUGAAAAAUUUAUGGCAAAGCUUUCAGAGUUUGAUAUUGAACAGUUUCAUGAGCAUAAUGCAGAUUUGAAGUACUUUCAUAGUAAAAAAUUGAAAGAUGGAAAAGCUUUCAAAAUUAAUAAGAGCAAUGGUUAUGGUGAAAUAGAACUGGAACAAUUUAACUUUGAUGAUGCUGAUAACCCUGAGGAUGGUGCUGCAUUUGGUGUUCUUGAGGGACUUGACCAUGAGGACGAUGUAGAGAAGCUGUGUAAAACUUACGAGAAGCUUGGUUAUAAUCCAGAUCCGAUGUUUGACGACGACGAUGAUCAUGAUAGUGAUAGUGGAGAGAGUAUAUUUAAUGCAGAGUUUCGUCAACAUAAAAGGGAAUAUUACAUGACCAAGAUGCACUUUAGAUGUGUAAAUUCUGAUGUAUUACACGAACAAGCCACGAGCUACGUGAGAGGUAUACAGUGGAUCCUAAACUAUUAUUAUAAUGGUAUUUGUUCUUGGUCUUGGUUUUACCCUUUCCAUUAUUCUCCUUAUAUAUCUGAUGUCAAAGACUUUGCAAACAUGGAGAUGAAUUUUGAAAUGGGGAAACCUUUUUUGCCAUAUGAGCAACUCUUGGCAGUUUUGCCACCUUUGAGCAAGAAGCUUUUAUCCCGUGCAUAUCAAGGACUCAUGAUAAAUGAAGACUCGCCACUCAAGGAGUUCUACCCAAGUUCGUUCAGCACUGACUUGAAUGGAAAACAGCAGGAUUGGGAAGCUGUUGUACUUAUACCUUUUAUUGAUGAGACGAGGCUAUUGGAAGCCAUGAAGCCAUGUAAUGAACACCUCACUGCUGAAGAAAGAUCCCGCAAUAUUCAUGGUCCAAUGUUUGUUUACACUUAUACCAUGGACAAUUUAGGAGAAUUCCAGUGUCCUAAGUACUUUCCACAUGUUGGGAUUAAUCAUGCCAAAGUACAGUUAGUGAGACGAGAAGAUUGGGAAAUAAGGCCUGAAAAGAUAUACAAAGGCUUGUGUAAAGGUGUGAAACAAGAUGUUUAUUUUGCCGGUUUUCCUUCGUUGCGCCAUGUUGAACACAAGUAUCAUAUUGCAAAGGAAGGAGUGAAAGUGUUCCAACAGAACAGCCGAGGGGACAACUUCAUGCUUGAUGUUAUCGAACCAAAAGAUAUACCACACCUCCGAGAUCUGGCUAAUCAGUUACUAGGCAAAGUUGUGUUUGUGUCAUGGCCCCACCUCAUAGAGGCUAAGGUUGAAGCAGUGAGUAACAGCCAAGAACGCUAUUCGCUAUCAAGAGGAGCAGUGCAAAGAAAUGUUGUUGAAGGACGUAUUCGGGAAGAGUAUUCUAUGUCAAAGAAUAACAUCGUCUCUCACUAUCACGACCGCUGGGGAGUUGAAAUUGGGAAUACUUCAAUCCUAGUUUAUGCAUCACCAAUGACAGGAAGAAGAUACGUGCCAACGUCAAGUGGGAGAAUGUCGCUAGAGAAGGAAUGGUCUAGAAUAGUUCAGCCAUAUGCAUUCCAAGUAGUUGUGAGAAAUAUUGCUGCUCAUGAUCCUGGUUAUAAACAGCAUCUUACGCCUCAAGAAUAUUUUCUUCAACGUACUAAGGUCUUUAUGCUCGGGCAGCCCCAUUAUGGAUGCAUGGGAGAGGUUAUAGAAAUUGACCCUAGUCAUAAAGGUAGAAUACGUGUAGCCAUGACAGUGACAUCAGAGCCAAAUUUUGAUGUUGUUAAACAAAAGCAGGAUCAGCUGGAAGACAGAUAUAUGUCAGGAUACACUGCUGCCCAGAAGGUUGGCAUAUCGUCACAUCUGUUAGCUCGGCUGACAGGCACGGUGUUUCUAGUUCCACCUUCUGGAUCUAACCCCAUGGCUGAAAUAGAAAUGAAGAACAAGUUGAAUAUAGGGCUCAACCUCAAAAGUAACAAAAGAAAUGAAGAGGUGUGUGGCUACAGUCGCAAGGCUCUUGACCCGUAUGAAAAGGCAACUUGGCAGUACUCGGAUAAGGUGAUUGAGUGUCUCCUAGAAUAUCAAAAGAAAUUUUCAGAAAUAUUUGACCACUUAUCUUCACAUGCAGAACAGAAGGACAUAUUUUAUCAAGAUGAAGUCUUUGGACCAGAGAACUAUAAGGAGCGUGUAGCUGAACUUAUGGACUGGUUAAAGAAUGCAGAUUUUGCCAAAGCAGAACGCCAGCCUUGUGGAACACAGUCCCUGGGAGAGGCCAUUGUGUCACGCCUCGCUGAGGAAGUCGACAAAGUAUCUGCAGUAAGGGCAAGAAUUGUGAAAAUGCAAGUGCGACCACAUUUGCUUUAUAAGCCCAAUCCGCUGCAGGGUAGCAGUCCUCCAGACCACACCGUCACGUAUACAAUGUUCGAUCGAGUGAUCAAUGUACGGGAAGGAUUUUCUGUCCCUCUUGGUGCCAAAGGAACUGUUAUAGGAAUCCAGAAAGCUGAAAAGGAGGCAGAUAUCCUGUAUGAUAUUCUCUUUGAUGAAGCUUUUGCCGGAGGACUAACUCUUCGAGGUCCAAAAUCAGCACAGCGUUGCUACCGCUUACAUUGGGCUGCCAUGGUCAAUAUCAGCCAUGGAAGCCGAUUGCCAGCUGGAACAAAUAACCAUAGAAUUGGAUCUGACUCAGGUUCUCAGGAUUCUGGUCCUCGGGAUAAUGUAUGGAAUCAAGCAAACCAAGAAAUGUUUAAACAAAGAAGCCAAGGUCAGCAUGGUGGACCAGUGGCGCAUGCAAAUUCUUAUGCAUCUGCGUCCAGCACUCCGGGAACAAGAAGACAAAAUAACUACACUAGUCCACAACCUCCAGACCCUAAUCAGCUUCCUAGUCCAGCUGGUCUACAAAUGAACUUCAACACUGCUGGCACCCAUACUCAUGGUGUAACAAAUGGUGACAUUAACUUCAAGAAAGGACACUCUCCCAGACACAAUGAGGACAAGAUGAUCUUGCUCAAGACUGCUGAGGAAGUGGAUGUUAUAGUUCAUGGUACUUAUUAUGCAUCAUGGAGCAAAAUUAACAAGCAUGGACUUGGAAAGGCGUCUGGACGUAACCUAAUACCUUGCUAUUCCUAUGUGCCACUGGAUAUGAGAGGCUCGAAAGCUUUUCAGCUAUAUAUUUUUCUUGAUGUGAGAAAAGCAAUGUCAGAUGGAAUUAAAUUUUACAGAGUUGGAGAAAGACAAAUUUUAUGUACAGGAGACAGACAAGGGGUGAUAAGCCCCAAAUAUUUUAAUAAAGUAGUGGACAGUGAGAGUGGUGCAGUGAUUUUUCCUUCUCGACCUGCAUCGGGUCCUGAAGCUCUUCCUGGUAAUCCUCCUGGUAGUCAGUGGCGGCAAGGGUGCGGACAAGUGUCGCCUGGACGUGGAAGAGGAAGAGGUGUAUCUUCUCAAGAACCUCGGGGAAUGCAACUGUAUGAGAAUAUCUGGUCACAAGUACAACGUAUAGAUGCAGAGCAUGUUGACUUACGACCAAUGCAGAGUCAAAUGCUUUCACAGAUGCUCAAUAUAUGUAGUGAGAAUGAACUUGCAUCCUCACAUCAAACAAUGGGAGCAAGUUUACCAUCUCACUCUGUUUCAAGUCAGGAAUCGGCCACCAGCAGAGUCGAAGUAUCAGUGCAAGAUAUCUUCAAGGGUGCUAUUGGCAAAAGUCAGAUUCAUGCAACUCAUCCACAGGUUAUACCACGUAGUGAACAGAGUGAAGUUACUUGUGUGUCAUUGCCAAAUGUUGAUCAAGCAUCAUACUCCCCAACACAGUUAAGUGAAAGUAAUCAGAAAGUGGGUUCACCUUUAAAAUCUGCAUUUGUUCCUACACAAGUAAUUCGAAAUCAGACCCCACGAAAACCUAGAUUUGAUCACCCUGAUAACCAUGAUGGGAAGCAACAGUUAAGUACAAAUUUAAGUUAUUCUCAGCAUCAACAAGAAGUGAAUCAGCAUUAUCAGCAACAGCAGCAACAACCAGAUUACCAAAAUCACACUUACAUGCAACAUUCACAAUAUCAGCAGCACCCUCCGCAGCAUAAUAAACCCGAAGGAACCAUCAACAAACCAAAACGUCAGGCUCGCAACAGAUUAGCAGUUAAGUUUGAUCAGCCUCCAGGAAAGAAUUAAAAACAGCAGAUAAUUAUUUAACAAGCGAAUGUACAUUUUAAUGCCUAUCCCGGUAAAUUAUAUCCAAAUUCACAGAAAUAAUGGAGCUUACACUCCUAAGUUGGUGGUGACUAGUGUGUGCUUUUCUGUAAACAUGUCUCCUUUUGUGUUUGAAACUAUUUUUGUCAAAAUAAUAAUUUUAGAGUUAACCAGAAAAUAUUAAAGCCAUGCGUUGGGAUCAAACCCCGCAUCCCUGAGCUCUUUAGGCACGGGCCACGUUCAGGACAUGGGCUCAGCCCCAUCAUACAGCUUAAUUAUUUUCACGGUUAUAAAACUUUUUUGCGAUUUUAUUGUGCAGAGUUAACCAGUCACUGACAAAAUAAGAGUACAGUAUAUACAGUAUAUAUAUAUAUAUUUUUUUUCUUUAACCACCGCACUGCACACGCGGUUUCGACAAAAACUUCAUAGUGCAAUUGUUAAGGACAUAUCUUUGUUGGUUUUAUAAAUGUUCAGGUAAAGUUAAUCUCAAAAUGUUUCCAAACUCGACAAUUUUCAUUUCAAAACAGUGAUGAAAACAUUUAAAAACAUUAUAAAUAUAGCCUAAUUUAAAAAAAAAAAAACUCAAGAGUGCCUCAAGGCACUCUGCGCAACACGGUGGUUAAUGAGAAGCUUCACAAAGCUUUAUUCCGGUAAACCAAAAAAAUAAACAUACUAUAUUGUAUAUCAGAAUGUAAUUGAUGAAUUGUUGAAAUGUUUAUAAUUAGUUGCAGGGAUGAAUCAAGAAACGUGUAGGUUCAGUACGCAUUGCGUUUGGAAUGUGCGUGUUAUUGUUACAUCCCGGUUCUUAGUAUUAGAUUAACUUGUUGUGGAUCAUUCAACAAAUUAUUAAAUAGACAUGAAAUUUAAUUAAUUGAAUCAGUAUUUCUUUGUCUCUAGAAUUACUGUAUAGUAUAUUGCAGAUAAUUUAUUAUUAAAUUAUUUCGUGUUCGUGACAUGAAAUGCAAUAUUCCAGGUACUACAUGGAGUGGUUUUCUCUGUACAGGUGCAUCUUGUUAUUUUGUUGUUAGUUUUAAAUACGGGAAGCCGAAAUAAUUCCAUGGUCAGGUUUUGGACUGCAGUUAUAAUGCUAACAUGGUACAGUAAUGUGUGGUAAGUGUUAAUUCAACAAACAUUUUGAAUUCAUUAGUCUUCAUCUUUUAAGUGUUUGCAUAAAAUGCUGAAACUAGACUUCUGUAAAACGUAAUGUUUAUUAUAUAAACUUAUCGUUUAUUUUAAACCAUGUUUUAUAACGCCCCGUUAAUAAAAAGGAUCGUGGAUAUUAUUGAAUAUUACAAAAUCAAACCAUUGAUGGAGCCCAAGUCUGAUGAAUAUGUUGUGUGCAGAAUAUGCGAUACUGUACAUGUGCAUUUGAGAUUAGGAUCAUCGUGUUUUAAAAGCAACUGCCUACUCUAAAUGCAACAUAGAGCAAAUACUUUGGGCAGCAUUUUUUAUAAUAAAAAUUAAUAUUACCGAGCCCAUUAAAACAACCAAUUCCUGAGAGAAUAUUGUACCUGUAUUGAUUUAACAAAUUUGUGUGGUUUAAUAAAUUAGUGCCAGAAUAUAUAGGCAAAACGACCAAAAAAUUUAUCAAAUCUUCAUAUAAAUUGCGGUAAAGAUGAGUUGAUUUUAUAAUCUGGCAUAUAGCAGUUGUGCUUCAAUGGUAAUUAUAUUUUGUAUCAAGUUCAUUGCAGUAAGAUUAGGUAAAGUAUUUACUAAGUAACAACAUUUAAUGUCAAUAGCAGGGUUACCUCUGAUACUUUUGUUUUCAAUGAUAAUCUAUCCCUUCCAAGUUCGUAUUGUUCAGACUGGCACACUUGUCCAGCCGUACAGUGUAAUAUUUUUGGCUACAUCAAGUAAUCAUUAUGCAACAAUGAACAUUCUUUUUUAAGGUCUUGAUACAUACACUAAGUCAUGUAGAUUUGUUUGCCUAGGUACUUAAUCAUUAAGUACUCAGCUCUGGCGUUCGACAUAUUACCUGUCGGAUGUAAAUACCAUCGACUCUUAUCACUUGUUUAAACCAAAUUAUAUAUUAGACAAGCAGUAGCGACCCAUCAAACAAAAGAUGAUUGCAUGGUUAUUCUUGCUCUGCAUUGUAGCAUUUUAGUCAUUGAUGCUGAAAAGGUAGAUGUAUGCAGAAUGGAAUGUUAAACGGUAAUUGUAUUCAUACUCCUGAAUAUUGCUUGGUUGUGAAAGUAGUUUUUUUUUGUUGCAAUUGCAUUUAUGAGCUAGGAAUUGUUGAAUCAUAGUUAUGCUCUGUUUUAAAUAUUUAAAUAUAAAUGUUGAUGUAGUCAUUAUUUUUAUAUUGCUGUUCUAGGAUAUUUUUAUCUGUUCAUAUUAUUACACAACAUAGGGUGGCAGUCCAUGGCAUAUUUGUGUGUGAUUCUGGAGUACUGUUGUGCAUCUGUGACAAAAGUCUCUCAUGCUGGUCACCAUUAAGGGUUGUAAUACACCACAGUCGAAGAGCUCGGACAUUAUUACUCAAAAAUGAACGAGAAUUGUAAUUCUUUUGUUUGGAAGAUGGGCCAGAAUGUAUUUUUGUAGUAAAAUUUUACAGUUUAUAGCAAAUGUCAAAUUUUAAAAAUGUUCACAUAUAUGCAUUUUCUAUAGUAAUAAAGGGGAUGAGCUUAGACUCGAGUUUUGCCUUUACAGACAAGAUAGUCCAAGGAAUUUCCAUUCCAAGAUGGGAAGGGAAGUAUAAUAUACCAUAAUAAAUACUGCUGAACCAAAUUUGAUUUCGUAUUUAGUGAUUGAACUUUGAUCCUCAGGUUAUGAAUGUAAUUAUCCCAUCUACAUAACUUCAUAUUGUGUUAUUGAUCGGCCAUUCUUUUAAAAGUUCUCAUAAUUGAAAUGUAUUAAAUAUGCACAAAUGCAUUAGUGUUUUAAAAUUUUUGUAUCUAAUACAGUGACGAACAUUUCUGCCACACCGGUUUUGCAUAAUAGUUUGGGUCAAGUGUAAUAUUGUAUUGAUAUAAAUGUGACAUGUCACAUAAACUACCUUUUACUACGAGUAUUUGUCAAGCAAGAAAUGUGUGUAAAAAUAUAUAUAUAUAUAUAUAUAUAUAUAUAUAUAUAUAUAUAUAUAUAUAUAUAUAUAUAUAUAUAUAUAUAUAUAUAUAUAUAUAUAUAUAUAUAUAUAUAUAUAUAAUGCACACAAACACACAGUAUUACAGUAAUAGCAAAAGUUUUAAAUUUUGUGUACUUAAAAGCUUUUUUUAACAAAUGAAUCACAUGAGAAAAUAUAAACAUGUGUAAGCAGAGAAUGAGUUUGUAUUGUUUUAAGGCAAUGUUGAAUUAGUGUGUUGGAGAAAUUAUUGCAAGUGUUGACUAAAGUCUAGCAAUAGCAGUGACAAAGUAUUUUAUAUAGCUUUUGCAAGAAUCAUCAUUGAGUUGACUUUUAUAGACGAGUUCAAGGAAGACAUUACUGUACUGUGAUGAUUCAGUGUGAAAUGUAUGCUAAAUUUUUUAUUUGAUUUCCUUUGACCUUGUUUUGGGGGUGGUGAGCAGACGGGUAGAACUAGUGUGCUUGUGCUGCGUAGCGACCUGGCACCCAAGUUCUCCACAACACAUGCUCUUGAUGUGCUCUUGUAAUAUACUCACUACACUAGUUUGCAUUUUUUUAUUAAGAAAAAGAUAGUUAAUGACAUUUUUGAACAUUUAUUUUUAACGUAUUAAAAGGAAGAAUUUCCGUCCUGUGAUAAAUUUGCACUUGAAACGGACACCUACUGCCAUGUCACCUUAGCUUACAGUAAUCAUUUUCUAAUACAUGUAUAACAGGUAGAGAUAAUUGAGCAUAUUAUUUUUGCUUUAUAUAGUAAAGUACUUUGAUAAAAUAGCAAUAUUUCCCUGCUGUAGAUUCUGCCCAAGAACUAGUGUUUUUACAACCACUUAUUACCCGGUUUCCCACUUUCCUGGGCUGGGAACCAAGUUUGUAAUAAAGCUUUUUCGUGUACCUAUACACAGUUUUAUAAUGUAUAGUUCAUUUUUAGUUUAUAGUACAACAGAUCGUUUCAGUUCAUUGGUAUCUAGUCCUCGGAUAAUUUUUGUUUAAUUUGGCGAGAUAUUACUGUAUUUUUUGCAUGAAAUUUUUUUUUUACCGUGUGUAAUAAAAGGUGAUUUUAAACAAUAUUUUUGAGUGUUCACAUGUAAGAAGUAAAAUAAAUUUUUAUCUCUUGUG